CUUCCCUUUAACUUGUGACUCAUCAUCAGUUUAUCACAUUCAGACAUGGACCCCCUUUCCUUGUUGCUGCAGCCGCCUGUCUUCUACCCGAUUAUCCCUUAUGCAUGCACCAUAUUUGGGGGUCUUCGUCCUGGGCGUAUGAUCCUCAUACAUGGAGGUGCUGGCUGCAGUGCAUCAAGAUUUCAGAUUGAUUUCCAAUGUGGUUGCAGCACACGUCCACGGUCUGAUGUAGCUUUUCAUUUCAAUCCUCGCUUUUCUUCUUCAGAUGUGCACAUAAUCUGCAACACCCUACGCAAAGACCAUUGGUUAGAUGAGUUAAAGUUUUCAGGAGCCCCACUAAGAAAAGGGGAAUCAUUUGUGCUACUUUUUCUCUUCCUUACAGAUGAGGUCAAGGUCGGCAUUAAUGGACAGCAUUUUCUGGAUUUCACCUAUCGCCUUCCUCUGAAAGAUGUGGACGCUCUUGGAAUUUAUGGAGAUGUUAGCAUAAAGGAGAUCUCCUUUCUCAGCAGUAAUCCUUUUCUUGACAAGCUGACUCCUUAUCCUAUUUGCCAGCCCUUGAAACCUGGCAAUGCAGACCUGCAAAAAACACCGCUGUCAAAGACUUUUCCCAUGGGUCUCUCUGAAUGUCAUGUGAUCACGGUCCGCGGUUUAGUUGCAGUUAACCCAGAUGAACUUACUCUUCUGUUGAAAUCCAGCGACUCCAUUCCUUUCCAACUGACUGCAAAUUUCCGAGAUCAGUCUCUGUGUUACAAUUAUUUCAUGGGCCAGUCAUGGGGUCAGCCACAGAAUGUCCAGACUCCUUUCUUUUUGUUUUACCCAAAGAGAUUUUUUGAGAUAUUGGUCCUUCCUGAAGCUGGAAUAUUCAGGCUUGCCAUUAAUGGGACCCCUCUGGGUGACUUCUGUCCUCCUGUGUUUAAUCUAAAGUCCAUUGAUGAACUGCAGAUAAAAGGCAGUGCUGAGCUUUUUCCUUGUGCAAUGAUGACCUCCUAA